CUCAACCGGAAGUGCGAAAAGCCGCGUUUUCGGGCUGAAGGGUGUGAAAUGACUUCUGUCGUCGUGGAUGAACCUGGAGAGGAACCGGCGGUCUGGGUCGCGCUGAGGCGUCUGGACCAACCGGAUGGAGCCGAGGUUCUUCGAGAAAUCUCCUUUCCUUCUGCAGCGCCGGUCAGCGACAUCACCCAGAUCCUCUGCGACGCCUUUGGGCUGAACGUUCCCAACGUGGUGCUGAAGAUGAGGAAUCCCAGCGGCUGCCUGAUCCCCCUGAACGCCUCCAUUCCUGCCAGCAGCAAACACACGCCCCAUGUGCUUGAAGUGACGCGGCUCUUCCAGAACGUUCAUCCCAAACCCAGAACCAUUCCAGUGACUGUGAUCAGCCGGAGCAUGAAGACCAGGCUGCAGGCCGUGGACAGGAGGAUCCAGAGACUGGAUGAGCUGCUGCCUCAGAUCAAACUGCGGCGCCAUGAGAAGCUGCAGCAGGAGAUCGAAUGUCUCAACCAGAAGCUGAGCUUCCUUCACAGGAAGCUGCAGGAGGCCGAAUCCCACCGCUGGAGAGGAGCCUUGACCAGAGCGCCUCUGUGGUGACCGACGGGUCAGACUGGGAUUAUAAUCUGAUUACUGUUAUUAAUCAUAAUCUGAUGACUGUUUCUGAAUCAUGACCAUGUCCUCUGUCUGCCACAUUAAGAACAGAUUCAUUCGUUCACAUCAGGCCUGAUUGAUCUGCAGCAGCUCCUUGGACCAAAUGUCACUUUAUGUUUUCCAUAAACAGCCGUUUGGUUUUGAUGCAGCAGGAAAUUACAUCCAGCAGAAAUGUUCAACAGUAACUGAACUGAAUUUCAGUUUCUGUAAAUAAAUCUGUAUUUGGAUAGUUCUGAUAA